AUGGCCGCACCGCGAAUCCCCAAUCUAAACUCUCUCCGACGAGGCCAGGGUAGAGGCCGUGGAGGCCUUCGUGGACUCGGCGAUAACGACACGCGCCCAACUGGCAAGGAUCGCGUCGUGCAGGGUACCGACAAUGACGCCAGUGUCUCCCGCCUCAGCGCCGUUGAGCUGGGAUAUCUCAAUGACCCAUACGUCACAGCCUUGACGGCCCCUGGAAAUGCAACGAGGAGGUUUCCGAUCAUCAAUCGAGGUGAGUGGCGGGUUUCCCCUAAAACAAAACCAGCACCCUCGGGGACUAACAUGAGCUCCCCAAUAGGAACCUACGUUCGCACCACUGCCAUCGAUCAACUCGUCACACAAUUCCUCGGCCCAUAUUCACCCGAUGCGCCACAAAAUAAGAAACAGAUAAUCUCCCUUGGUGCUGGGUCGGAUACGCGAGUCUUUCGUCUCCUUGCCUCGCGACAGCCCUCCGAUCUCAUCUAUCACGAACUCGAUUUCGCUGUUAACACCACUACAAAAAUUCAUGCGAUCCGAUCUACACCAUCAUUACAGAAAGCGUUGGGGAUUGACUCGUCCAGUCAGGAUGUGACUGUAUCAGAGGCUGGUGAUGCGCUCCAUUCUCCAUUCUAUCAUAUCCACCCUCUUGACCUACGCGCCCUAUCCUCCAGCAGCUCUCCGACAGAGAUGAUUCCGGGCGUAGACACAAGUCUUCCAACACUAUUGAUCUCGGAGUGCUGUCUGAUAUACCUUUCACCAACGGAAGCGGAGUCAGUAGUCUCGUUCUUCACGGAACGACUUUUUGGCCCGACCAGUUCCCUUGGGUUGAUUCUAUACGAACCUAUUCGCCCAGAUGAUGCUUUUGGUCAGACGAUGGUGUGGAAUCUUGCGUCGCGGGGUAUUCAGCUCAAGACAUUGAGUAAGUAUGCCACGUUGAAGGCGCAGCGGACUCGGUUGCACGGGCACGGAUUCGGGAGCGGGCAGGCUGUUGCUGAUAUAGAGUUUCUUUGGGAGCGGUGGGUGAGUGAGGGAGAGAAGAACCGGGUUUCUCGUCUUGAGAUGUUAGAUGAGGUUGAAGAGUGGCAGCUUCUGGCAAGACAUUAUUGUAUUGCGUGGGGGUGGAGAGAUGCAGUUGAUGCGGCUUUCAACGGGUGGACCACGCUGCAGGCUCAGCCUGGUGAUGUAUGA